AGUGCAGUCCAGGGCAGGACCAUGGGAACAGGACUUCUCAAUGAGUAGAAGACUAGUUUAGAACACUUUCCCAGCACAUAGGACAGCAAAGACGACACAAUUACCACUUUGGAUGCGAUUCUUCGUGUGAUUUAAACCGUUUUGCUUUGUUUAUCGAGCUUUUGGAGGACUCUAAACUGAAAAAAGUUGUUGUUUUAGCACUUUUUUUUUUUGCUAGGGGAGGGUUUAGCCUUUGUUAUUUGGUCCAGUAAUGUAUUCAAAGUACCUGGAAAUGUAAAAAUAUUUCCCCCAGCUGCGUUUCCUGAAGUUAGAGCGCACAACCUGGGAUGACUGCAGCCGCCUGCCGUGGAAAAGACAACACUUGGAUCCACGCUAUGGGCAACAAAGACAAGCUCCCAACAACUACCGGGCAAGUUAUUUAGUAACCAGACAAAACCCUGUGCGCUUUGAGAUUUGGUGGAUUUCUUUGGAGAGUUGGGAGAAAACGCCAGGAUGGAAAUGGAAUUCUAAAUGAGUCGUGCGCCAAACAAAGAAGGACACCUCCGUGGGAGUGAAGCGAAGGGAAAGCCUUGCGAGAAAUGGAGGAGGAAGGAUCAGUGGAGCCAAACAACAUUCUGGCGAAGGUCUCCUUUUUGUCAGGCGUCCAGGUCUUGUAACAAAGCUGCUGCCUCUCAAUCAUCCACCCCGCGUCCUGUUUAUUACCAAGACUCCUCUCGCCAAAUGCUGCAGUGUGGCGGUGCUUGUUGUUGCGUGUGAGGCCAAAUAAAUAAAAUAAUAAUAAUAUGUGGGUGGAUAGGCUGUUUGUGAUUUUGCUGCUGAGCUUCGGCGGCGGAUCAUCUGCCUGCAAAUCAUAUGAUGAACGCUCGAAAAGCGGUGGGAAAAGCCUGACGUCCGACCGGAGGGUGGUGUGCAGCAACAUGGAGCUCCAUCAGGUGUUACCCCCGGACUCCUUCCCCAACAGAACAGUCACACUAAUUUUAAACAACAAUAAAAUUCAAGAACUCAGAAAUGGAUCCUUCUUUGGAUUGUAUGCUUUGGAAAAAUUGGACCUGCGGAGUAACAUGAUCAGUCGUAUUGAACCAGGAGCUUUUCUUGGCUUGCCAGCACUAAAACGACUCGACCUGUCCAACAACAGCAUCGGCUGUCUUAACGUUGACAUCUUCAAGGGCCUCGGCAGUCUGAUCCGACUAAACAUUUCAGGGAACAUGUUCUCUUCAUUGACUCAGGGGACCUUUGACAACUUGGUGUCUCUUAAAGCUUUGGAGUUUCAGACACCUUACCUGCUGUGUGACUGCAACCUUCUGUGGCUGCUGCAUUGGAUCAAAAGCAAAAGCAUCACUGUGAAGAACACUAAGUGCUCCUACCCCCAGUCCCUCCAGGGUCAGCUCAUCCCCUCCAUCAGACCGGAGCUCCUCACCUGUGAUGCUCCACUUGAGCUGCCCUCCUUCCAGCUGACUCCGUCCCAGCGUCAGGUUGUCUUCCAGGGGGACAGCUUGCCAUUCCAGUGUCAGGCUUCCCUUGUGGCUGAAGACAUGCAGGUGCUGUGGUACCAGAACGGCCGAAUGGUCAAGCCAGAUGCCACUCAAGGAAUAUUCAUUGAAAAGCGCAUCGUGCAGAACUGCUCCCUGAUUGCUAGUGCAUUGACCAUCUCGAACAUCCAGCCUGGUUUCACGGGGAACUGGGAGUGUCGGGUCAGGACGAGCAGGGGGAACACCACCAGGACUGUCCACAUUGUGGUGUUGCAGAGCUCCGCCAAAUACUGCACUCCUGAACGUGUCUCCAACAACAAGGGAGAGUUCAGGUGGCCGCGCACCCUGGCAGGGAUCAGAGCCUACCUCCCCUGCAACAGAUUGCCAUCGAGUGCCGGCGCAUAUUCGGGAAGCUCCGGUGAAGAGCAGCGGGCGUGGCGCUACUGCAAUCGCGAGGGUCUUUGGGCGGAGGAGGACUACUCCCGCUGCCAAUUUCAGAAGGAUGUCACUAGAUUUCUUUACGUCAUCAACCAGAUGCCUCUUAAUGAGACCAACGUGGUGACUAGAGCCCGACGCCUGUUUUUCUACACAAUCGACGCCGCCAAUUUCUCAGACAAGAUGGACAUCAUCUUUGUGGCCGAGAUGAUCGAGAAGUUCAGCAAGUUUGUGGAGAGGUUUAAAGAUCUAGGUGAGGUGAUGGUUAGCAUGGCCAGUAACUUGAUGCUGGCCGAUGAGAGAGUCCUUCUGAUGGCUCAGCGUGAAGCGAUGGCCUGUUCCCGCAUCAUCGCCUGCCUCCAAAGGAUCGCAGUCCACCGUCUGGCCACGGCGCAGGCCUUCUCCCUGACAUCCCCCAACAUUGCGCUGGAGGCCCACGCUGUCAGGGCCAGCGACUGGAACGGCAUGACCUGCAUGUUGUACCUGAGGGCCAGCCCCGAGCGCACGCCUGGCCAGGACCGCCAGUUCACAUUCAAAUGCAACACCACCAGCUCCUUCUCCAGCAUCCUUCACAAGAGCACUGUAGUGGAAGCUUCCCUGCAACUUCCUCAGUCUCUCUUUACCGAGGCUCCACUCCCCGGGCAGGCCGACGACACGGUCUACAAGCUCCACCUACUGGGCUUCCGCAAUGGCAAGUUUUUCCCCUCCACUGGCAACUCGUCUCAACUGGCCGAUGGAGGGAAGAGGAGGAGCGUGGCAACGCCCGUCAUCAUGGCAAAGAUAGAUGGUAUGUCUCUGCGUGCCCUGAGGAACCCCGUUAACAUCACUCUGCGGCGGUUCGCCCGCGGUUCAGACGCUGUGUCGGCCUGCUGGAACUUCAGCCUGGCGGGGGGUCAGGGAGGAUGGCAGAGUGACGGCUGCCGCAUCCUGGACCAUCACGACAACUUCACCACCAUCUCAUGCAACUCUCUCAGCAACUAUGGCCUGCUUAUGGACCUCAGCAGUGUGGAGUUCUUCUCUCCAAGCAUCCAGCCCCUGCACCCAGUCAUCUACGCCACAGCUAUCAUACUCCUCCUGUGCCUGAUCACCAUUAUUAUUAGCUACAUCUACCAUCACAGGUCUGUCCGGGUGAGCCGGAAGUUUUGGCACAUGUUGGUCAACCUCUGCUUCCACAUCUCCCUCACCUGCGGGGUUUUCGUGGGUGGCAUCAAUCAGACGCGACAUUCAAGCGUCUGCCAAGCAGUGGGCAUUUUACUCCACUAUUCGACCCUGGCAACGGCCCUGUGGGUGGGUGUGACUGCACGCAACAUUUACAAACAGGUGACACGCAAGGCCAAGCGCUACGAAGAGCUGGAUGAGCCGCCGCCACCGCCGCGGCCCAUGCUCAGGUUCUACUUGAUAGGCGGAGGGAUACCCAUCAUUGUCUGUGGGAUCACUGCAGCAGCUAACAUCAAAAACUACGGCAACCAGACCAAUGCACCAUAUUGCUGGAUGGCAUGGGAGCCCAGUAUCGGCGCUUUUUACGGCCCAGUCGGAUUCAUCAUCUUCGUGGACUGCAUGUACUUCCUCAGCAUCCUGCUCCAGUUGCGGCGGCACCCCGAACGCCGCUAUGAGCUCAAGGAGUCGGCGGAAGAGCAGCAGCAUCUGACCACCAGCGAGGCUGGGCCGGAUGUUGCCAACGCCCACUGCCACCCGCUCGCCCUCCAGCUUCAGCCCCACGAGGCGUCCUCCUCCAUAGUUUCUGCCCCCCAUGCUGUGCCACUGUCAGCCCUGGAGAACGAACACACCUUCGCCGCCCAGCUGAUGGGAGCUGCAGGGGCGUUGGGGCUCUACGCGGCCCUGUGGGUGUUUGGCGCCAUGGCCGUAUCACAGGACCACCCCUUUGAUUUAGCUUUCACCUGCCUGUUUGGGGUGACUGCGCUGGCGCUCGGGGCGUUCAUGGUGGCACAUCACUGUGUCAACAGGCAAGACAUGAGGCGCUACUGGUCCCAGGCUUGUUGCUCUGGCAGACGAGCGUACUCUGCACAGGAAGACGUCCUUCUGCCUCAGCCAGGUGUGGCGAUGACAUCCACAGCCGGAUCUGAUAACAAGGCAGACGGGGAGUCUACAAAGUGUGGCCACAGCAGCGCCGACUCUUCCUACACGAACAAGAGCGCCCCGAGCAUGCGCAACUCCACGCACGGCAGCAAGCUGACCAAUCUGCACGCCGAGGCAGCUCAGUGCAAGUCCGCCUCGGCGCCGGUGACAGCCAACGGCACGGCCAUUUUGGACAACAGCCUGACUGAGCAUUCUCUAGACAACGAAAUUAAAAUGCACGUAGCUCCCGUUGAGGUGCAGUUCCGCCCCAUGAACAACAUCAACAAUCCAGCAGCCGCUACGAACGGACACACAAGCAGGCAUCACAAAAACAGAGCGCGAGCGCACAGGGCGAGUCGGCUGACUGUGUUGCGAGAAUAUGCCUACGAUGUGCCGACCAGCGUGGACGGCAGCGUGCAGAGCGCCCCCCACAGGCGACACCACCAUUAUGACUUGGCGGCUCGCAACAGUCGACGAGCAGCCUACAUGGCCUACAGAGAGCGGCAUCAGAGCCAGAUGCAGCAGGACAGUAGCGACAGUGCAAGCCUGCCACGGCGCUCCCGCUACUCGGACAAAGGAGGCGGCAGCUCAUUGGGGAACGGGACAGUAGUGACUAUAGAGACUGAGCAGGUCGCUACGGCUGCAGGGUCGAGCUCAAGUAAAGACUCUGGUUCUGUGAAGCAGCCCGGCAACACAGAACUAGAAAGUCAACCUAAGUCAUACGGGCUCAACCUCAUCACCCAGAAUGGUGGCACACUUAAAGAAAACGGGCAAGCAGUGCCUUUAAUUAGCACAGACAGCACAGCCAGUAUAAAGACCGGCUUGUGGAAACAUGAAACUACUGUGUAGCAACGGUUUCCAUCCCAAAGACUCCGUAAGAAUAUGCUCACACCUUUAAACUGUGAAACGUCUUUUUCAAAUUUUUUUGAUUGUACAUUUUUCUUCCCCAAAAAAUAGUCCUUUAAAAAAAUAUUGAAAAACUGGCCUCAUUACUGCCACUGAACUGUCUUUGUAGAUAUGUUUUUGUAAAUGUUCUAUUUUUAUAACUUUUAAUCCAAUGCCUUUAUUCCAUUUGAGAGCUAUGUACAUGAAACUGCAUGAUCUGAGCUGUGGCCCUGUGCCUAACGUUACUCUGGAGCUUUUUUCCCCCCAUUUUCUAGUAUGUCCCAAUAGUAAUUAAACAAGAGUUUGAUUUACCUAA